AUGCAGAAAUGGGUUAGUGCUGAGGUUCCGAUCAAAAUCGUGCGAAGAAUUGCUGGAGAACGAGCGGGCGUUUCCUCAGAACGCUUUCUUCAGGGAAAACCGAACCAUGUCACGUGCGCGCCACACCUGCGCGACCUCACACCUGUGCAGCCCGUGGCCGCCCACAGAACCCGGACUCGGAUCCGGACUCGGACUCAGACUCGGGCGGACCUCACACCUGUGCAGCCGGUGGCCGCCCACAGAACCCGGACUCGGACCCGGACUCGGACUCGGACUGGGGCGGACCUCACACCUGUGCAGCCAACGGGCCGCCCACAGAACCCGGACUCGGACCCGCACUUGGACUCGGACUCGGGCGGACCUCACACCUGUGCAGCCGGUGGCCGCCCACAGAACCCGGACUCGGACCCGGACCCGGACUCGGACUCGGACUGGGGCGGACCUCACACCUGUGCAGCCAACGGGCCGCCCACAGAACCCGGACUCGGACCCGCACCUUGGACUCGGACUCGGGUGGAACACGCCUGCCCUUCCCCACCGCGCCCUGAGGCCGUCGGACAGGCAGCCCGAGUGGCGCACCCGCGUCUCGGGGUCAGAAGGGGCUGCUGCUCGCCCCGCCGCCACGCGAAAGGCGGUUCGGGAAGCCGUGAGGGGCGCGAACCGGACCCGAAGCGGGAGGAGUGUCCAGAGGAGGCGGCGGCGGGACGCGAGCUCCUAUUGCCAAAUGAGAGAAGCCUCCAGAGUGCUGCUAAAAGCAAUAAUUUGGAUCUUAUGGAGAAGCUGUUUGAAAAGAAGGUUAACAAUGCUGUGAACAACAUGAACCGCACAGCCCUGCAUUUUGCAGUGGGGGCAGAUCAUUUAUCUGCGGUGGAUUUCUUGCUUAAUCGCAAGGCCAGGGUGGAUGUUGCUGAUAAGCAUGGCUUGACAGUAAUUCACCUUGCAGCCUGGUCUGGAGGCCUCGAGAUCAUGCUCAUGCUGGUUAGAGCUGGAGCAGACCAGAAAGCCACGAAUCGGGAUGGAAUGAAUGCCCUUCACUUCGCAGCUCAGAGCAAUAAUGUGCGCAUUUUGGAGUACCUCAUUCAAGAUCUGCACCUGAAGGACCUGGACCAGCCUGAUGAGAAUGGAGAAACACCCUUCUUCCCAGCUGUUGCAGGAGGUCAUGAAGAAUGCAGCAAAGUGCUGGUGGCAGCAGGAAGUGCUAUCAACAUUCUAAAUAAAUCUCAGCCCCCACUGCUCAAUACCAGUGCUUUGCAGAUAGCAACCCAGAAUGGCCACGCGCUUCUCAGGGAGAACGCUGAUCUGCACCAGAAUGUGACCCCUAAGGCGUCCGCCCUUCAUUUAGCUGUUAUCAACAACCACAGCCUGGUCAACAGCUUAUUAAGUGCACAGCAUGACAUUGACGUCUUAAAUCAGAGGCAGCAGACUCCUUUGCACGUAGCUGCCGACCUUGGAAACGUGGACGUGGUGGAAACCCUGCUGAAGGCAGGCUGUGAUCUGAAGGCUGUGGAUAAGCAAGGGAAGACUGCCUUGGCGGUGGCCUCCCAGAGCAACCACAGCCUUGUUGUGGACAUGCUCAUAAACGCAGAAAGAUACUAUGCCUGGAGAGAGAAGCAUGGUGAGAGCACCAGGGAUGCACCAACCAACUUUCCUCUGACGUUCAAGCAAGAUCACAGCCAGGAGACCAGGCAUAUUCACAGUCUCCUCUGGAACCUGGCUUAUCGUCAGCUGAAGGCCAACGAGUGGCAGAGGCUGGCCCGAGCAUGGAACUUCACAGAUGACCAGAUCAGAGCCAUCGAGGAGCAGUGGUCAGGACAGGACAGCUUCCGUGAACACGGCCACAGGGCUCUGCUCAUCUGGCUGCAUGGGGCCCUGAUGAUGCAGGCCGCGCCGGUCAGGCACCUGUACGAAGAGCUGGUCCGCGCAGGUUUCCAAGAACUAGCUGAAAAGAUACGGCAAUUCAAAAGUGAAACUAACUCAAAGCCCAAGAAAUGUAGUUUCAUAAAUGCCUAG